AAGUGAUGGAAGGAGUGGGCAGGGCGGCUAAAUAUAGUUCUGGGGUCAGGGCUCAGUCUGGGAGGGUCUGUCUGCUAUUCACUGCGGGUGCCGUGGUGUCCACAGCUAGCUGCCCCUGAGCAUCCCCUGUCCUUGCUCUGAGCUUGCUGCUUGCCCCUAACCUAUCUGGAGACACAGCGCUGCCUGCCCCGGCUCCCACGGUUAGGCCUGACUUAGACUGAGCCUCCUGGGAGUUUCUUUUUGCCUAAGAUCUCCAACCAGACCUGCCCGCCAUGUCGGCUGCGCCCGGCCUCCUGCACCAGGAACUGUCCUGCCCGCUGUGCUUACAGCUGUUCGACGCGCCCGUGACCGCCGAGUGCGGCCACAGUUUCUGCCGCGCCUGCCUGAGCCGCGUGGCAGGGGAGCCGGCUGCGGACGGCACAGCGCCCUGCCCUUGCUGCCAGGCUCCCACGCGGCCGCAGGCGCUCAGCACCAAUCUGCAGCUGGCGCGCCUGGUGGAGGGGCUGGCGCAGGUGCCGCAGGGCCACUGCGAGGAGCACCUAGACCCGCUUAGCAUCUACUGCGAGCAGGACCACGCGCUUGUGUGCGGAGUGUGCGCCUCGCUGGGCUCGCACCGCGGCCACCAACUGCUGCCCGCCGCCGAAGCUCACGCGCGUCUCAAGACAGAGCUCCCGCAGCAGAAGCUGCAGCUGCAGGAGGCAUGCAUGUGCAAGGAGAAGAAUGUUGCUGUGCUGGAGCAUCAGCUGAUGGAGGUGGAGGAGACAGUGCAUCAGUUCCGGGGGGCAGUGGGGGAGCAGCUGGGCAAGAUGCGAGUGUUCCUGGCUGCACUGGAGGGCUCCUUGGACCGUGAGGCUGAGCGCGUGAGGAAUGAGGCAGGAGUGGCCUUGCAGCGGGAGCUGGGGAGCCUGAACUCUUAUCUGGAGCAGCUGCGGCAGAUGGACAAGGUGCUGGAGCAGGUGGCGGACAAGCCACAGACUGAGUUCCUGACGAAAUACUGCCUGGUGACCAGCAGGUUGCAGAAAAUCCUGACAGAGUCACCGCCACCUGCCCGUCUGGACAUCCAGCUGCCCAUCAUCUCAGAUGAUUUCAAAUUCCAAGUGUGGAGGAAGAUGUUCCGUGCGCUGAUGCCAGUGAUGAAGGAGCUGACCUUUGAUCCCAGCACUGCCCACCCGAGCCUGGUGCUGUCUCCCUCCUGCCGCCGCGUGGAGUGCUCUGAGAAGAAGGCGCCACCGGCAGGAGAGGACCCGCGCCAGUUCGACAAGGCGGUGGCGCUGGUGGCGCACCAGCUGCUCUCCACAGGCGAGCACUACUGGGAGGUGGUGGUGGGCGACAAGCCGCGCUGGGCACUCGGCGUCAUGUCCGCCCAGGCCCCCCGCCGCGGCCGGCUGCACACUGUGCCCUCGCAGGGCUUCUGGCUUCUGGGGAUGCGCGAAGGCAAGGUUCUGGAGGCCCACGUGGAAGCCAAGGAGCCACGCGCGCUGCGCAGCCCGGAAAGGCGGCCGGCGCGCAUCGGCGUCUACCUGAGCUUUGGAGAUGGCGUCCUCUCCUUCUACAACGCCAGCGAUGCUGACGCGCUGGAGGCGCUCUUUGCCUUCCGCGAGCGCCUCCCCGGGCCCGUGUACCCCUUCUUCGACGUGUGUUGGCACGACAAGGGCAAGAACGCUCAGCCACUGGUGCUCGUGGGGCCUGACGGCGAGGAGGCCUGAGUGCCUGCGGGUUGGGCAGGGAUCCAGGGGCUGGCAGGCUGGAAGGAGCAACCGAGUGAGGUGCCAGGGCUGACGGCAGGGCCACGGGGGUGGAGGGUGUGGGGGAAGCAAGAGGGGGACUGGGGAGUAAGAAGAGUUUUGGGAAGCUAAGGGUUGGCAUGAACUGGGCAAUGAGGGGGUUAGGGUGCUGGUAGGGAAGGGAGAGACAAAGUCAGGUCAAUGAGGAAAUCCCGGUUUGGGAACCAGGAGGUCCAAGGGUUCUAGGGAGAAACUGAGGUUGAGAGAAGGAGGGAAAGGGGUCAGGGGCCUGGGCGCGGCGGGGUGGGUGUGGGUGUGUUGAGGGGAGCUAGAGAGCUCUGUGGAGUGAGGAACCCCUGCAGCCUCCACUCCCCUCCGUGGGUACAAAUUGUACCAAGAGGCCUUUCACUCAGUGCUUCUCCAUUGGAGCGGGUCAAAACCACCUUUUCAAAGCACAGUGCAGCGACUUGUUCGCGCACAGAUGGCUGAGUUUCUGGUUCAGUGGGUCUGGGGUAGGCCACAAGUUGCCUUUCUGACAAGUACCCAGGUACUGCAAGUCAUAAUGGGAUCGUUUAAAAACGUCCAGAACCUGUGCUAGGUGAAGAAACUGACUCCCAACUUAUUUCCCUUUGCCUCUGGAACAUGUUUACUAGGUGUUUUGAACACAGGCAAUCCCCCAAGUUGCCAAACUAGAAAAGCCUGAUGCUACCCCCAUGGUGGGCCCUGCUGCUUGUGGAGAAUAGAAGGCUCCCAGCCCAUCCCCUGAGCUGGCCCCACCCACCCACUUGCUUGCUGGUUCACACUUGUGGUUUUAGCUCAAAGGCUCAUUUUCUGGUAAUGGGUGAGGCUGAGAGGCAGAGUCCCUCUUUCCUGGAGGGAGAGGCCUUUGGGGAUUCAGCAGUGAGAUGGAGGCUUCUGCCCCUCCUAUCGUGAGGGAAGAUAUCAUGGCCUGGGGCAAUUCACUUGGACAGGCCAGGGUGCUGCUACUGAGUGUGACAGGUCUAGGGACCCUUGGCACCUGGUGCUAAAGUGGGGAUUUUCUUGAGGGAUGAAACUAAGAGGUAGGGAAAAAGGAAGGUUGUAGAUGGGGUAAGAAAGGCUUCACUGGGGAGCUUGCUGGGAAAGGCACUCCUGGCUGUGCCCCCCAGAGGAAGGCCUGCUGGGCCCUUCUUCUGUGGCUCUAUGUCACAGAAGAGAGGAUUCAUUUGAGGAGCUCUUUCAUCUAGAAAAUAAAACAAUGAAGUAGAAGGGUUAUUUGGUUGUAAAAUCCAGCAGCAUUAAUAAAAAUGAUUGUAUCCUGA